AAAGGAAACUGGUGUCCACAGAUACAUCACUAUAUAUCAGAAAGAAUCACCCAACGCCAAGCUACAUCAAAAUUGAACUCAUUCGCUGAAGGACGAAAAUCUGUAGUUUCCGGUGAAAAAUGCUCACAAUGGCAGGAACUUAUGAGGAAGUUCUCAGACGACUGCAGGGCCAAUGAUUCCAAACAAGCCUGUUAUCGGAAAUUGGAAAAUAUGAGAUGCGAGUGGCGGCCAUUAAAAACGUUUUGGACUGGAUCAACAUACCUUGGCACUUGGAAUGGUUUCGGGAUGAGCGGAUACGGGAUCUAUACAUACGCUAAUGGAGCAGUAUAUGAAGGAGAAUUUGAAGACAAUAUGUUUCACGGAGAAGGAGUACUAAAAUAUCCUAAUGGCACGUCGGUACGUGGUAUUUGGGUAAAGGGAGUACUUUUGAAACCCUCAUCCACUACCGUCUUUGCCGACGGCCUCAUGUUUCGGGAACACGACUGGCAAUACUGUGAAAAACAAGAUAGAAGGUUUUCAAUAGAAUACGUUCAUAAACUUCAACCAGCUGGCAUGACAUUUCUCUCAGCCGAUGGUCCUCCGCGUGAAAUCCCCGAAGGUUUCUACGACUGCAGCGAUGGCUUUUUCGACCCCAAAAGCAAUACUGUGUACGAUUAUAAUGACUUGUCGAAGGCAAUAAGGGUACCCGACAUGACAAUGCGUGACUGGAUAAUGAAGAACUGUCGCACUUCUGGACAGCUAAAACCUCUAGGGCCACAACCACAAUUGUAUGAAGAGUGGGUGAAUCCUAUUUAUGACUACGUGCAUCCAACACCGCCGCCAGAACUUUUCACAGAGCGUGAUUUCGAUGAUGUGCCAUCAUCUACGCGGAAUCUUCCACCAUCAACAAUUAAUAUGUCAGCAAUACGUUUCUCUUGAUAACGGCAUCGUCGGUUCUCCGCUGGCAGCUAACCUGUGUGUCUGAAGAUGGGCUUAGCGGUACCUAACGAAAGAGAUGUUGUAAAAAUAAAUGUGCAGCAUAUUCUGAUAUCUGUUAUUCUCGACCAGCUUUUUUAAAAUGCGUCCAGAGAGGCAAAACGUGUAACGUUUGGAAGGAUCAAAGCACCAGGAUAUAAUUAGCGUUAUUCCACCAGUUUACGUUAGCUGACCUGGUAGCGAAG